AUGAGCCAAAAAGGGGUCUGCACGCCCAGGGGUAGGCCGCCGCCUACCCACGGCGCCCGCCUACCGCGGCGCCCGCCUACACACGGCGCCCGCCUAUGCCAGUUUUACGAAGGGGCAUGUAGGCGGCCGCCUACCUACGGCGCCGCCUGCCCCUGCGCCCGCCUCCACCUAGGCGGCCGCCCACCCCCCAGCCCGGCCCGCCCAGCCCGAACCACACCCUCCCUUAAAACCCUAAUUCACCCUCAAAUUCCCCCCAUCCGCCACCCAACCCUCUCUCCCCCUUACCUUUUCCGCCACCACAACUCUCCCACUCCCGGCGACCGGCGCUUCUUCUCACCGGCGACCGGCGCUGCCCCCUCCCCGGUGCUCUGUGCUCAGCCUCUCACCAUCCUUCCACCACCACCACUCCAGCCACCGCCUCCCAACUCCAGCCACCGCCUCCCAACUCCAGCCACCUCCACCACCGCAACCACCACCUCUCUCCACCACCGCAACUCCAGCAACCUCCACCACCGCAACCACCACCUCUCUCCACCACCGCAACCAGCCACCCCCUAUCUACACCACCGCAUCCAGCCACCGCCACCACUUCACUCGCCGCCAACAACCACCGCAACCUUCUCCAGCCACCGCGACCUCCACCAUCUACCUCCAGCCACCACCCUUCUCCAACCACCGAACCAGCCACCACCUCCGUCAAUCUCCAUUACCGCCAACCACCAACGGCCGCCGCUUACCCAAGGCGCCCGCCUUAUCCACGGCCGCCUCCUACACACGGCGCUCGCCUACCUACGUCCCCUGUUCCUCGCCUUCGCCUGCUACCAUGAGUCGCCGCACCCGUCGUCGUACUGUUGUUUUCGCCGAUGA